AUGUUGUUCAAGCUCCCCAUCCUCCUCGGCCUCCUGGGCACAGUCGCCGCGCAGUCCGAUGCGACUCCCGCCCUCGACGAGCGAGCCGCUGGCACCGCGACUGUCGUACUUCCGCUGGCCACUGUUCUCGGCAACGUCAUGAACAAGGUCGAGUCGUUCGGCGGGAUCCCCUUUGCCGAGCCGCCAGUGGGCAGGCUCAGGCUGAAGCCUCCCCAACGCAUCACGAGGAACCUUGGUACCUUUGACGCCACCGGACCGGCGGCGGCGUGCCCCCAGAUGGUGUCGUCGAACCUGAGGGCACCAAAGCAGAUGCAAAGCUUCCUGUGCUGUACUGGAUUUUUGGCGGCGGGUUCCAGUUCGCAGCUCGGCUGGUCUUCGAUGUAUGACGGCACAGGGCUCAUCAACCACGGCGUCGACCUCAAGAAGCCCUUCAUCUUCGUCGCUGUCAACUACCGUGUUGCGGGCUUCGGUUUCAUGCCCGGCAAGGAGAUCCUCGCCGACGGGUCUUCGAACCUAGGUCUCCUCGAUCAGCGCAUGGGUCUCGAGUGGGUGGCCGACAAUAUUGCCUCGUUCGGCGGCGAUCCCUCCAAGGUGACCAUCUGGGGCGAGUCGGCGGGUGCUAUCUCCGUGUUUGACCAGAUGGCGCUCUACGACGGCGACAACACGUACAAGGGCAAGCCCCUCUUCCGCGGGGCGAUCAUGAACUCGGGAAGCAUGGUGCCGGCGGACCCCGUCGACUGCCCCAAGGGCCAGGCCGUGUACGAUCUCGUCGUCAGGGAGGCCGGGUGCGCCGGCAAGGCCGACACGCUCAACUGCCUGCGCGACGUGCCCUACCAGACGUUCCUCAAGGCCGUCACGUCGACGCCGGGCAUCCUGUCCUACAACUCGGUGGCGCUCUCGUACCUCCCGCGGCCCGACGGCAAGGUGCUCACGCAGAGCCCGGACAUCCUGGCGGCGACGGGCAAGUACGCGGCCGUGCCCAUGAUCAUCGGCAACCAGGAGGACGAGGGCACGCUCUUCGGGCUCUUCCAGCCGAACCUGACCACGACGGACCGCUUCGUCGACUACCUGCAGAAGCUCUUCUUCAACGGCGCCACAAAGGCGCAGCUGACGACGCUCGUCAACACGUACGACAACGGCGUCGCCGCCGUCAUCUCCGGCAGCCCGCACCGCACCGCCCUCCUCAACGAGAUCUUCCCGGGCUUCAAGCGCCGGUCCGCCGUCCUCGGCGACCUCGUCUUCACCCUGACGCGCCGCGCCUUCCUCUCCCUGACCAAGGCCGCCCACCCCAACGUGCCGGCGUGGUCCUACCUCGCCUCCUACAACUACGGCACCCCGAUCCUGGGCACGUUCCACGGCUCCGACCUGCUGCAGGUCUUCUACGGCAUCCUGCCCAACUACGCGUCGCGCCAGAUCCGCACCUACUACACCAACUUUGUCCACGAUCUCGACCCCAACGUCGGCAGCGCCGCGCAGUACCCGAACUGGCCACGCUGGGACCAGGGCAAGAAGCUCAUCAACUUUCUGGCCAACAGGGCCGGCGGCCUGCUGGAUGACAACUUCAGGAGCGACAGCUACGACUUCAUCGCCAAGAACGUUGGGGCUCUCUACAUCUAA